CCACUAAAUAUGUUGACGUACCAAGAAAUAGAUGUAUAAUCCGUGCCUUUAGGUUAUAAUAAAUGAGGUCAGAGUAAUAAAAGUGUAGGCCCCUAAGAGCUAAACAUGUUGUUAUGAUCGUCUAGGGUGACACAAGCAGCGACCUCACAAGGUUGGCGUCACAGUGCCGGUGUGGCUCAUUUACAUAAUAUUAAGAUAUUAUCAUAGUGAACAUUCCGAAAUGCAGGAUGGGAAUUUCUAGCAAAAAGCAAUUUCGAUACGCCUUAAGCCAAGAGCGUUAUCUACAAGACUGUAUUGCGCAGUUAAAAUUUCGUAAAAUUAUCGUGAGAGAUCAAGCCGUUAGUCUAUAUACAUGUACCUUUUUUUCUGAUAAUUUUUUGUUGGUUCUUACAAUCAUGAAGAAGUGUUGUCGCUGUAUGAAUCUGAAAAAGGGCUCCAUUGCAAGUGCGAUAGGGUAUAUGAUCAUUGGGAUCUUAGUGCUGGGCCUGUAUGGCUGCCUGCUUAGUUUGAUAUAUCAAUACGAUGGCACCUUUGAUUACGGAUUUCGGUUCUACUUGAUCUUGGCGGAAUUCGCUGUGAUGUCACUGUGGGUCCUGUUCUCCAUUCUUCUCAUCAUAGGCGUGGGCAUCCGUGGGAUGUUUUUACCUUGGAUUAUUUGGGCCGCGGCUCUCGUUGUGUUGGAAGAGAUUCAGUUUAUCCAGUAUUUCCUUAUAAUUGAUCGCUUGUUUACCGACCCAAUCUCGGCAGUGGCAUUCAUUUUAACAGUAGUGAUAGUUCUUGUUAAUAUUUUCGCCAUAGCGUGUGUCUCGGCACAUUACAGACAACUCUCCACCGUGACAGGAAGCAUUGAAAUGCAGCCUCACUACCCUGAAAAACACGCCAUCUGAAAGGAAAAUGCCACCACUGAAGUUCAGUACGACCAAAAUUAGUGUGCGCCCAACUUUGCUAACUAUCGGACACUUUCACCUCACGAGGUCACAGAUUUGGUGAAUCUCUUUUUAUAUAUAUUUUGCACAGCAAUAACGUCAUAGCUCAGCCGAGUUUUGGC